CCAAAAGUUCAAUUCAAAUUCUCCCUCUCCUCCCCCACUCCAACGGCUACCCAACUCUCUCUCUACUGUCCAAUUUCUUGUGUGUCUCUCUCUAAGAUCUCACUCCACACAAGCAUAUAGCCUCUCCCUCGCGCUUCCAUUUCCGAAAUGAAGCAUUUCAUGAUGCCAAGAAACCAAAUCUUGAGAGAAAAUCAUGAAGCCGUCGCAGCAUCUCCCAACCCUAAAUCGAAGCCGACCACACCAAACCCCAGCAGUCGGAAGCUCAAAUCCAGUAAAGAGAACGCGCCGCCGACGCCGGCAUCAGAUCCGAACGUUGGGACAUCGUCUCCCGCCACCAAGAUGAAGAGUCCGCUCCCUCCGCGUCCGCCGCUCAAGCGCAAGCUCAGCGUAGAGUCUACGGUGGCGGAGAAUUGUGGAGGGGCUGCUAAUUCAUUAGACUCCGGUGUGAAGGUAAUAGUUCGUGUGAGACCACCAAACAAUGAUGAAGAAGAUGGAGGAAAUGUAGUUCAGAAAAUUACAGAAGAUUCCUUAACAAUAUCGGGGCAGGCCUUUACAUUCGACUCUGUUGCUGAUAUUCAGUCAAAACAGAGUGAUAUAUUCGAGCUCGUAGGUGCACCACUUGUUGAAAAUUGUCUUGCUGGGUUUAAUAGCUCUGUGUUUGCGUAUGGACAGACUGGCAGUGGGAAAACAUACACCAUUUGGGGCGCAUCCAAUGCCUUGUUGGAGGAAGAUCAGCAAGGUUUAGCACCACGUGUAUUCCACAGACUCUUUGAACGGAUUGAAGAGGAGCAAGUGAAGCAAGCUGACAGACAGCUGGUGUAUAUGUGCCGCUGCUCUUUCCUUGAGAUAUACAAUGAACAAAUAACUGAUUUAUUGGAUCCAAGUCAAAAGAACCUCCAGAUUAGGGAAGAUGUUAAAACUGGUGUGUAUGUUGAAAAUUUAAGAGAGGAGUGUGUAUCCUCUAUGAAAGAUGUGUCACAACUCCUGACAAAGGGGUUGUCAAACCGGAGAACCAGUGCUACACGUGUAAAUGCUGAAAGUUCUCGUUCCCACAGUGUUUUCACAUGUGUUGUUGAAUCACGCAGCAAGAGUGCAGCUGAUGGUUUAAGCCGCUUAAAGAUGAGCAGAAUCAAUUUUGUUGACCUUGCUGGAUCUGAGAGGCAAAAGCAAACGGGUGCAGCUGGAGAACGCUUGAAGGAAGCAGGGAAUAUUAACCGUUCACUUUCACAACUUGGGAACUUGAUAAAUAUUUUGGCAGAAGUAUCCCAGACAGGAAAACAGCGGCACAUCCCAUAUAGAGAUUCGAAGUUGACUUUUUUGUUACAGGAAUCUCUGGGUGGGAAUGCAAAAUUGGCAAUGAUAUGUGCAGUUUCUCCAUCUCAAAGCUGUAAGAGCGAGACUCUCAGUACACUAAGAUUUGCGCAACGUGCUAAAGCAAUCAAGAAUAAAGCAGUCAUUAAUGAGGAAAUGCAAGAUGACGUAAAUGUCUUGAGAGAAGUGAUUCGACAGCUGAGGGAUGAGCUGCAUCGAAUGAAAGCAAAUAAUGAUCAAACAGGUCAAACUGGAGCUUAUGCCACUGGAUGGAGUGCACGAAGAAGUUUGAAUCUCUUGAGAUUUAGCCUCAACCGGCCGAUGAUGUUACCUCAUGUUGAGGAUGAUAGUGAUGAAGAAAUGGAGAUUGUGGAUACAGAUGAGACAAUGCCUGUAAUCCCUGAAGAAAGAUGCUUGCGUUCACCUGAACAAGGUUAUGAAGAUACAGAUGUCAAUAUGGAAGAUGCAGUACUUGAAACAGUUGACCAGGACAAAGUUAAUAUCAUCAGCCAUCAAUUGAGAGGUACAGAGUCAGAGAUUUCUCUUGAAAGAAAGUCGGAGAUGGUACUUGAUAAUGGUUCUUGUGGACCGUCUGAAGUUGUGGAAUUCGCUCCCUCUGUUGUUGAAGAACUGCAAAAUGACAGUGUAUCUAGGGAACUUGUGGAGAAAUGUCCCUCAAUACGACUUUCUGCAGAUGCGGAAAACACAUCUGACAAGGCCACAAGUUGCAUUGAAGAUGGUACAGAGUCCAAUCUAAGAAUUGUUCCAAUUGAUGUCUCCCCUGUUCUGAAGUCUCCCACUCCUAGUGUGUCACCAAGACUGAACAGUAGCAGGAAAAGCCUUAGAACCUCAUCAACAGCAGCUGCUUCUCAGAGUAUUCCAACUCAGAGUAAACUGGAGGCUGCUCAUGCAUCCAUCGCAAAGCCUUCGAACAGCAUCUGCUUGAAUUCUCUCUCUAAUCGGAAGCCUCGUUUUGCAUCAACUCAACAUUUAGCUGCUACUCUUCACCGUGGUCUUGAAAUUAUUGAGAGUAAACGCCUCACUCCAGCUCAAAGACGGUCAUCGUUUAGAUUCUCUUGCAUGACGGCUGAUGUUAAAACACUUGUACCAGUCAUCAAAAUCGAUGUGGGUGUUCAAACAGUGUUUCAUGAUGAUGAGUCAACGAACAAGGAUCCAGAAGAAUUUUUGUGUAGUAAAUGCAAGACUGGGAACUGCCAGCAAGAGCUUAUAGAAAAUGAUGAUGGGCAAAAUAUGCAGUUAGUACCUGUCAGUUUACCAUCGCAUGACCAAUGCAAGAAGCAAGUUCCUAAAGCAGUAGAAAAGGUACUGGCUGGAGCUAUUCGGAGAGAGAUGGCACUAGAGGAGAUGUGUGCCAAACAAAAUUCCGAGAUCAUGCAACUUAAUCGUUUGAUCCAGCAAUACAAACAUGAGAGAGAGUGUAACGCCAUAAUUGGUCAAACUCGUGAAGAUAAAAUUGCUCGUCUUGAAAGCCUAAUGGAUGGAAUAUUACCUACUGAGGAGUUUAUGGAGGAAGAGUUAUUAUCACUUACUCAUGAACACAAGAUUCUUCAGGAACAAUAUGAUAACCACCCUGAUGUCUUGAGAACAAAUAUUGAGUUAAAAAGAGUUCAAGAAGAAUUGGAAAGAUAUCAGAAUUUCUUUGACUUGGGUGAGAGAGAUGUUUUGUUGGAAGAAAUACAAGACUUGAGAACUCAGCUGCAGUUUUAUCUGGAUUCUUCAUCCAAGACGUCAAAAAAACAAACCCCUCUACUACAGCUAACUUCUUCAUGUGAGCCAAGCAUGGUUGCCUCUUUGUCUACUACUCCAGAUUCAACUGGGAAUAGUGAGGAGACACUUCGGCUGGAGAGAAUUCAGUGGACUGAAGCAGAGAGCAAAUGGAUCUCCCUUGUAGAAGAACUUAGAAUGGAACUUGAAGCCAGUCGAUCACUUGCUCAGAAACAAAAACAAGAGCUGAAUAUGGAAAAGAAGUGUUCUGAAGAGCUUAAGGAAGCAAUGCAGAUGGCAAUGGAAGGCCAUGCACGCAUGCUUGAACAAUACGCCGAGCUUGAAGAGAAACACAUUCAACUGCUUGCUAGACAUCGGAAGAUUCAAGAUGGAAUUGAAGAUGUCAAGAAAGCAGCAACAAGGGCUGGUGUAAGAGGUGCAGAAUCUAAAUUUAUCAAUGCCCUUGCCGCAGAGAUUUCAGCACUUAAAGUUGAAAGAGAAAAGGAGAGACGAUACUUUAGGGAUGAAAACAAAGGGCUUCAGGCCCAACUGAGGGAUACUGCCGAAGCUGUUCAGGCUGCUGGAGAAUUACUUGUGCGGCUUAAAGAAGCAGAAGAGGCUGUGGCUGCUGCAGAGAAACGUGCUAGGAUGGCAGAGCAGGAGACCGAGAAUGCCUACAAAGAGAUAGACAAAUUGAACAAGUUGCUUGCAGCCUCUCACAUGCCUAAAGAGGAAUUUUCUGCUGAGGAUACUGAGGGAGCCGUCGCUGACCAGCAAUGGCGAGAGGAAUUCGCUCCAUCAUAUGGAGUUGAAGAACCCUCGUCAUGGUUCUCCGGGUACGACCGUUGCAACAUAUAAACUCUCAAUUCUUUUAACCAUUUAAUUGUAUUGGCCGUUGUUGUAUGUAAUACAGUUUGUGUCAUAUACUAAAAAGAAAAAAUUGUAGUUCUUCCCCGAGCUUUCUAAUACACAAACAAAUCUCACCAUUCGUGAAGCGUCUAUGUUGUUCCAUUUGUAUUUAAAAUUUUAAACUUAAAAAAAAAAAAAACGAAUUUCGGAUUCAUUACAUCCUACUGUGAAAUAGACAAGGUAUUCAUCUGCAGCAAAUGUAUUGUUGGUAUGGUAUGGAUAGAGUGGACCCAAUGGGUGAGACAAAUAGGACAUGUUGAGAGAUAUGAACAAUGAAGAUGAUGUGAAGUUAGCGCAGAUCAUUUAUUUGUUUGGUUUUGGUGUC